UUUCUCUAGACAGUUCGUCCCUGCAUUUUCUCAUUUUCCUGAGGACCGUUCAAAAACCCUAAACCCUAGCGAUCACAUUCUUUGCAGAAUAAGCGAUUUCUUUAGGAAGAUUGCGAAGGAGGUUAUCUGAUUCGCCUAUGGCUGCGGCAGCUCUUCUCCGCUCCAUGCGACGCCGUGACGUCGUCUCUGCCCCUCUUUCCGUCUACAAAUCCCUGGCUAUUAAGGGGAAACCGGCGUGGUACAGUUCUUAUAAUGGACAAGGCUUUGCGAGUUUUUGUAGAGUCUUCAGCUCGAAACCUGUUGCGAAUGACAUUGUUGGUAUUGAUUUGGGUACUACUAACUCAUGCGUUGCUGUAAUGGAGGGAAAGAACCCAAAAGUUAUUGAGAAUGCUGAAGGAUCAAGGACAACGCCAUCUGUCGUAGCAUUCAACCAGAAAGGAGAGCUUCUAGUAGGCACACCAGCCAAGCGUCAAGCCGUCACCAACCCAACAAACACAGUAUCUGGGACAAAACGUUUGAUUGGUAGGAAAUUCGAUGAUCCCCAGACGCAAAAAGAAAUGAAGAUGGUUCCCUUCAAGAUCGUCCGUGCUCCAAAUGGUGAUGCGUGGGUCGAAGCUAAUGGCCAGCAAUACUCUCCUAGCCAAAUUGGUGCAUUUGUUCUUACAAAGAUGAAAGAGACUGCAGAGGCUUACCUCGGGAAAUCUGUUUCCAAGGCUGUUAUCACUGUGCCAGCAUAUUUCAAUGAUGCUCAAAGACAGGCAACAAAAGAUGCAGGUAGAAUUGCUGGUCUUGAUGUGGAGAGAAUUAUAAACGAACCCACAGCAGCUGCGCUUUCUUAUGGUAUGAACAACAAGGAGGGCCUGAUUGCUGUUUUCGAUCUUGGUGGAGGGACUUUCGAUAUUUCCAUAUUGGAGAUCUCUAAUGGAGUUUUUGAGGUGAAAGCCACCAAUGGUGACACUUUCUUGGGAGGGGAGGACUUUGAUAAUGAGCUCUUGCAUUUCUUGGUGAACGAAUUCAAGAGAACCGAGGGAAUUGACUUAUCCAAGGACAGACUUGCUUUGCAAAGGCUUCGGGAAGCAGCCGAAAAAGCGAAAAUCGAACUCUCGUCCACCUCCCAAACCGAUAUCAAUCUGCCUUUUAUCACUGCCGAUGCUUCUGGGGCGAAGCAUUUUCACAUUACCCUGACCAGAUCAAAGUUUGAAACUCUGGUGAAUCAUUUGAUCGAGAGGACUCGUGACCCAUGCAAGAACUGUCUCAAGGAUGCUGGUAUAAGUGCCAAGGAGGUUGAUGAAGUUCUUCUUGUUGGAGGAAUGACUCGUGUCCCGAAGGUACAAUCUGUUGUUUCUGAGAUCUUCGGGAAGAGUCCGAGUAAAGGUGUCAAUCCUGAUGAGGCUGUUUCCAUGGGAGCUGCAAUCCAAGGUGGUAUCCUUCGUGGUGAUGUCAAGGAAUUACUUCUUCUGGAUGUUACACCUCUAUCACUUGGUAUUGAGACCCUUGGUGGAGUUUUCACCAGACUGAUUAACCGGAACACAACAAUUCCCACGAAGAAGAGUCAGGUUUUCUCAACUGCUGCUGAUAACCAAACACAAGUUGGCAUCAAGGUGCUUCAAGGCGAGCGUGAAAUGGCGUCUGACAACAAAAUGUUAGGAGAAUUCGAGCUCGUGGGCAUUCCACCGUCCCCGAGAGGCAUUCCCCAGAUCGAAGUGACAUUCGAUAUCGAUGCAAAUGGUAUCGUGACCGUCUCGGCCAAGGACAAGGCAACGGGUAAAGAACAACAGAUAACGAUCCGUUCAUCGGGAGGACUUUCGGAAGACGAGAUACAGAAGAUGGUCAGGGAAGCUGAACUGCACGCUCAGAAGGAUAAGGAAAGGAAAGAACUAAUCGACACCAGGAACUCGGCCGACACGACUAUUUACAGCGUGGAGAAGAGUUUGGGCGAGUACAGAGACAAGAUCCCGGCCGAGACCGCAAAGGAGAUAGAGGAUGCUGUUUCGGAUCUGAGGAAAGCCAUGUCAGGGGACGAUGUAAACGAAAUCAAAUCGAAGAUCGAGGGUGCUAACAAAGCCGUGUCUAAGAUCGGAGAACACAUGGCCGGCGGUGGCGGCGGCAGCGGUGGUUCUGGUGGGUCUCAGGGAGGCAGCGACCAGGCACCAGAGGCGGAGUACGAGGAGGUGAAGAAGUAGACAUCGAGCUCUGUUUGGGAAUGUAUUACACGACAGUCGUUGUCUCCUCAGUUUGAGUUUGAGAGAUAAGAGGCCGCUUUGUUUCAUUGAACUUGGUACUUGAAGUUUGUCAUAUAUGUCAAAAGCUUACGAGUUCCGGAUUGUUGACUUGA